GUGGUUGACUUGGAUAAAGGGUUUCUAAUGAACCAGGAUGGAAAAAUUCUUCAGGAUUCCCUAGGCAAACCCAAAAGAGUGGUCCUUGGAGAGGAUGGGCGUACCAUUUUUGACCACAUGGGCAGUCCUUUGGUGAGUCAGGAAGGCAUCGCUCUGUUUGGCCAUGGCAGAGACAGCCAGUCUGUGGUAAACCCCAAAGAAAAGCUCCUCACAGUUGGAGGAAAACCUGUUCUUGGUUUGAACGUGGUUCGUCCCAGGACUAUCAUUACCACAACCACAAAAGCUCCCACUACCACCUCUGAGCCCACCACCACUGCAUGGCCCACAGAGGAGUUUAGCACCGCUCUGCCAUACCCAACCUGCCCACCCGGAACCUUCUCCAAAACAGAUGAAUAUGGAUAUCCCAUUUUGGAUCCAGAGGGGAUUUUGGACUGUUAUCCAGAAGAGGACGCCUCAGGAAUGGAAAUGGACUUCAUGCUUACAGUGUCCAUGGUGCCUGAUGCUUUAGCUCUUGAGAAAGAAAUGUUCAUAAAAACCACACUGCUGCCAACCACUUCUACCACCACUACGACUACUACCACCACAACUACCACCACACCGAUCCCACAUCCAGACACGAGAGUGGUCAACAAGGGUCCUUUAUCUGAGUUUGAUCUCACUGGAAGGAAGCGCUUCACAG